GCCGCACCUGCGCACUGGCCACCCGGACGGCGCGAUGGCGGCGGCUGCCGCCGAGAGUCCCGAGGUCCUUCGGGAAUGCGGUUGCAAGGGCAUCCGGACCUGUCUGAUCUGCGAGCGGCAGCGCGGCGGUGACCCGCCCUGGGAGCUGCCCCCAGCGAAAACAUACCGUUUCAUGUACUGCUCCGACACCGGCUGGGCCGUGGGCGCAGAGGAGUCUGACUUUGAGGGCUGGGCCUUCCCCUUCCCAGGAGUGAUGCUGAUCGAGGACUUUGUGACCCGGGAGGAAGAAGCCGAGUUGGUGCGGCUCAUGGACCGUGACCCCUGGAAGCUCUCCCAGUCUGGACGGAGGAAGCAGGACUAUGGCCCCAAAGUCAACUUUCGGAAACAGAAGCUAAAGACCGAGGGCUUCUGCGGCCUACCCAGCUUCAGCCGGGAGGUAGUGCGGAGGAUGGGCCUCUACCCGGGGCUGGAGGGCUUCCGGCCCGUCGAGCAGUGCAACCUGGACUACUGCCCCGAGCGCGGCUCUGCCAUCGACCCCCACCUGGACGACGCCUGGCUGUGGGGGGAGCGGCUGGUCAGCCUCAACCUCCUGUCCCCCACCGUGCUGUCCAUGUGUCGGGAGGCGCCCGGGAGCCUGCUCCUCUGCUCGGCCCCGUCGGCUGCCCCGGAGGCCUUGGUGGACAGCGUGAUAGCACCCAGCAGGUCGGUGCUAUGCCAGGAGGUGGAGGUGGCCAUCCCCUUACCCACCCGCUCCCUGCUGGUCCUCACGGGGGCUGCACGGCACCAGUGGAAGCACGCCAUCCACCGCAGACACAUCGAGGCCCGCCGUGUCUGUGUCACUUUCCGGGAGCUGUCAGCCGAGUUUGGCCCCGGAGGGAGGCAGCAAGAGCUGGGCCAGGAACUGCUGCGGAUCGCCCUCUCCUUCCAGGGAAGACCCGUGUGAGCCGCCUCCCUGGCUCCAGACUUGACUGAUCCCGGGAUUGAAAUGAGGAGCACAGAACAGGGCCUCCUGCAACUCACGGAGUUUCAAGAGAAGAUGGCUGACCCCUGAUGCUGUGAGCAGUGUGAGCCCUGCCCAGGAGCAGGUUUUGAUGGGAACGCACCUCGGGGCAGCCCCCUUCCACCUGGACUGUGGCCGCGCUUGUUUUGGUUAUUUAGUUUGUCACAGUCUUGGGGACGUGGGAUCAUUUGAGCUUAAAAAUAUUGGGGGCAGGUCACAGUGGCUCACGCCUGUAAUCCUAACACUUUGGGAGGCUGAGGUGGGCGGAUCACUAGAUGCCAGGAGUUCGAGACCAGCCUGGCCAACAUGGUGAAAACCUGUCUCUACAAAAAGUACAAAAAUUAGCCGGGUGUGGUGACUCUUACCUGUAAUCCCAGCUACUUGGGAGGCUAAGGUAGGAGAAUUGCUUGAACCCGGGAGGUGGAGGUUGCAGUGAGCCAAGAUCACGCCACUGUACUCCAGCCUCGGCGACAGAGCAAGACUGUUUUGAAAAAAAAAAAAAAAAAAAAGGGAACAUUUUAAAUGAUUUUCACCUUUAUUAUGCAUCCAUUUUCAUGGGGUUUCCCAGUAUCUCACUGUCCAGUCCCUUCAUUUGGGGACUGUGUUGGAUUAGGGAACAGAGUUGGUUGAAGAUUUGAAGUUUAGACUAAAGAGCUGGGAACAGCUUGAGAGUCAGGCUCAGCCUGACUCAUGCUUGACACCCCCACGCCCGGGGGGGUUGGGGAUGUGAGGAGGGCGGGGAAAUCUGAGAGCCUCCUCCCAGCCCCUUAACGCUGUUAACAAGUAGGAAAAAUUAAAGCUCCCGGCCAGGCGCAGUGGCUCACACCUGUAAUCCGAGUACUUUGCGGGGCUGAGGUGGGAGGAUCACUUGAGGCCAGCCUGGGCAACAUAGUGAGACCCCCAUCUCUACAAAAAAUACAAACAUUAGCUGGGCGUCUGGGCAUGGUGGCGCACACCUGUAGUCCCAGCUACUCGAAAGGCUGAGGCGGGAGGAUGGCUUUACCACGAGGUCAAGACUGCAGUGAGCUCAUGAUCAUACCACUGCACUUACUUGGCAACAGAGCAAGACCCUGUCCCUAAAAUAAAUAAAAGGAAAACAAAAAAA